AGCCAGUUAUUGGUCGCAUCCAUCCACCCUGCCACCUGCCAAUCCUCUCCCCUCGCCCUGCUCCAAGCCAAGAAUUCGUUUGAAAAACCCAGCACCGUCUGCGCCAUGGCGUCAGAGGAUGUGAUCGGGAAGCUCAGCGUCCGCGUGGUGCGGGGACAGAACCUCGUCAUCGCCGACUCGCUCACCAAAACCAGCGACACCUACGUCGUCCUCUCCUACGGCUCCCAGAGAGUGACGACUAGUGUUCAGAAGAAGAAUUCCAAUCCUCUAUGGAAUGAAGUACUGCUGCUCCCUGUAACAUAUCCUACAAAGCCAGUGAAACUUGAGGUUUUUGACGAGGACAAAUUCACGACCGAUGACAGCUUGGGAGUGGCUGAGUUUAAUGUCACUGACAUCUAUGAUGCCGCAAAGCUGGACCUGAAGCAUGCCUCCGAUGGAACAAAAGUCAAAACUAUAUACCCGGUAGGCACAAAUUACCUUGGCGGUGAGAGCCACGUCACGUGGAAGAAUGGCAAGGUCGUCCAAGACUUGAUUCUGAAAUUGAAGAACGUUAACAGUGGCUCUGUCGUGCUGCAGCUGGAGUGGGUUCACGUCCCUGGCGUUACUCUGUAAGCUGUUCCUGAUUGAAUGUUAUUGCUACCUGGUUUCUUGAAACUACAGCUAUUGUUGGUACAUGUUCCCGGUGUCACCUUUGUAAACAGUGUGUGGAUAUUUGGUUUGCAUUGUAUGAGGUGUGUGUGUGUGUGUUGUUUGUUUUUAGUGUGAUGUGUGCACUGUAUUUGUACUACAUCCUAGUGUGGUUGUGAAUUUGUGUUUGAAGGUGAAUAAACAAGAAACUGCACCCUUUGUGUCA